CGGGACUUGCACCGGAUGUUUCGUAAUUACUGUGCUACACCGGCGGAUAUACAAGCUUACCAAAAGGAAAGUGCAAGGAAAGGAGACACAAUGAACAGCCGUGGACUCCGCUCUCAGCUCAAAGACAGUGUACCUGUAGCAGGACUGUGUCCACAGGGGGCCUAUGGGGUGCAGGACUCUCUGCGGAGCGGCUUCACCAGCAUAAAGAAUGAGCUCCUUCCAAGCCACCCUCUGGAGUUAUCAGAGAAAAAUUUCCACCUUAACCAGGACAAGAUGAAUUUCUCUACGCUCAGAAACAUCCAGGGUCUUCACGCUCCGCUCAAAUUGCAGAUGGAGUACAGAGCGGCCAGACAGAUCCAGCGUCUGCCCUUCUUACCAAGCUCUAACCUUGCUCUCGACACACUGCGAGGAAGCGAUGAGUGUAUCGGUUUUGAAGACAUCCUCUGUGAUCCAGCUCAGAGUGAAGUGAUGGGGGAGCCUCACAUGAUGGUAGAAUACAAACUUGGAUUGCUGUAAAAACAAGAACCUUGAAAAUGGACAACCCAACACAUAAUUAGGUUCCUUUCUCCCAAUACAUAUGAUGAUCUAUUCCAGAACAGGUUAGAAGUUGUCAGCUCAGAACCGUCAUUUAGCCACUUGUCAAGCAUAGGGCGAGCUCUAUGCGUGUCAGUGAGGUGAUGCAAGUCAAACAGAGGCAGCGAUUUAAAAACAGUCACCCAACUGGUUUUCAUGGCCCCUUUUUUGUUGUUUGAAUCUGCUUGAUAUUUCUAAUAAAAGAAUAAUGUACUUCCUCG